AUGGCUUGCAUUUCUGUGCCCUCUACGUGCAUGGAAGGACUUGAAAUUGGUUGCCUAAAAAAGGAUCGGUUUCGUGGCAGUCAAAAGCUCCAAAAACUUGCUCAGCAGCUCCAGGUUCUCACACCAACUCCUAGUGUGGAUAUGGAACUAGAGCAGCUUGAUGAUAAUAUUGGUUCGAAGCUUGAGAUCAUGGAGUCCGUAGCUGUAGAAAAUGAUGAAUUUUUCUUGGUAAAUUCGAGGAAGAGGAGAGCUGCUGUCUUGAUUUGCCUUUUUGAAGGCAAUGAAAACGAGUUACGUGUCAUUCUUACUAAGAGAUCUAUGAAGUUGUCUUCUCAUCCAGGAGCAGGAGAUGUAGCACUUCCGGGUGGAAAGAUGGAAGAAGGAGAUGUAGAUGACUCUGCAACUGCAUUAAGAGAAGCCACGGAGGAGAUAGGCUUGGAUCCUCAUCUUGUUCAAGUUGUUGCAAAAUUAGAUCCCUUUAUUUCCCAGCACCAGCUGAAGGUUGUUCCUGUGGUAGGACUACUAGCCAGGAUAGAUGAUUUCAAAGCUAUACUUAAUACUGAUGAAGUUGCUACUGUUUUUGAUGUCCCGUUGGAAAUGUUUCUCAAGGAGGAAAGCCAUCGAUGGGAAGAGAAGGAAUGGAUGGGUUGGAAGUAUAUUCUCCAUCUCUUCGAUUUUGAAUCCGAAAAAGGAGUUUUUCUCAUAUGGGGUUUAACAGCAAGCAUUCUUAUUCAAGCAGCCUCUGUUAUCUACCAGCAGUCUCCAUGUUUCAAAAAUCAUCUCCCAGAUUUUCAACAAUUACAAAAGGCCUUGAAAACAAAUAAUAUUGCAUGA